AUGGUUGCCUCAAUUGCGAUUGCUCAAAAUAUGAAUCCACUUAUCUAUGUCUUGCCAGUCACCUUUGCUUCAUCUUUUACUUUUAUGUUUCCCGCUGGCACCCCACCAAACGCGAUUGUCUUCUCUGCGAAAAUAUUGCAUGUUUCUGAUAUGAUUUUGGGUGGCUUGGUUCUAAAAAUUAGUUCUUUCAUUCUAUGCCAAGUAUUUGCUCAAACAUACGCCUAUUUAAUUUUUGAUAUGGAAGGCCUUAAUGUCUCGAUUCCAUUAACACCAGUUGCUCCAUAA